AUGGGUGCUCCAAAGCAGAAAUGGACAGCAGAAGAAGAAGCAGCCCUUAAAGCUGGAGUUGUUAAACAUGGGGCUGGAAAGUGGCGAACCAUACUUAAAGAUCCAGAAUAUAGUGGCGUCCUGUAUUCUCGUUCAAAUGUAGAUCUUAAGGAUAAGUGGAGAAAUAUGAGUGUCAUGGCUAAUGGAUGGGGCUCCCGAGAGAAGGCUAAGACAGCAGUUAGAAGAAUGCAUCCGGUCCCUAAACAGGAAGAAAACUCUAUGGCUCUCAGUACUGUUGUUCAAAGCGAUGAAGAUGUCAUGGAUGCUAAGCCAAUUGCAUUUUCUAGUGAUACACAGCAAACUUCUGGUCCAAAAAGAUCCAUUGUGAGGCUGGACAAUCUUAUCACGGAAGCUAUAACUAGCUUGAAGGAGCCUGGUGGUUCUAAUAAAACAACUAUUGCAGCAUAUAUAGAGGAACAAUAUUGGGCUCCUCCAGACUUCAAGAGGCUAUUGUCUGCGAAAUUAAAAUACUUGACGUCAAACCGUAAACUGAUUAAGGUAAAACGCAGAUACAGGAUUGCACCUACUCCAGCGUUUUCUGAAAAAAGAAGAAAUUCCUCAAUGUAUCCCUUCGAGGGAAGACAGAUGGUUUCUCCAAAAUUCGAUAAGGAUGAUGCCACCAUGCUUAUGAAAGCGCAGAUUGAUUUAGAGCUUGCAAAGAUGAGGACGAUGACCCCACGAGAGGCUGCUGCAGCCGCUGCUCGAGCAGUUGAAGAAGCCGAAGCUGCCAUUGCAGAAGCUGAGGAGGCAGCUCGGGAAGCUGAGGCUGCAGAAGCUGAUGCUGAUGCGGCGCAGGCGUUUGCAGACGCGGCAAUGAAGACGCUAAAAGGAAGAAAUUCCGCGAAGAUGAUGAAUCGACCUUGA